UGUGCAUAUCUUAUUGGAAACAAUUUAGCUAUUGAUAACACAAGCAAAAUGAAAAUUGCUUACAUAUUUUUGGCGGUCUUAGCGGCUGUAUCCGCUUUUAAUCCCAAGCAUCAAAAAGUUACUUUAAACGCUUACCAACACCGAUUCCCCAUUCCAAGUGUCUUCCAACAACAACACACUCUUGGACAGCAACAGACCGCCCAUAAUCAAAAGACGCGUAUUAACCAACAAGCUAUCCCCGGCUAUCAGGCCACUGCAUACAAUGCACAGAACGCCGGUUACAACCAACAAAAUUCCGCCUACAACCCAUUAAACAAACAAAACAUCGUUUACGGGUCACAGAAAAACCAAAACGUUAAAUAUGCUAGCAAGGAAUUUUUAGCUAAACAAAAGUUCUUGUUCGAAAUUGUGUACCGUGUUGAAGACCCAUUGAUGUUCGAGGAAUGGAUUCAGUUGGCCCAGACCGCCACUUUUAACCCUUCGGAAUAUAUUCAAUACGACUAUUAUAUGCAGAAAUUCCAACAAGCCCAGAAGGCUGGCGCACUUUUGCCUCAAGGUGAAUUCUUCGGUGCGUUGGUAAAGACCCAUAACAAGCAACUGAUUGGUCUAUUCAACUUCUUCUACUUCGCCAAGAAUUUCGAAACCUUCCAAAACAACGUUGCAUGGGCCCGCGUCCACGUUAACGAGCACAUGUUCAUCUAUGCCUUGAACUUAGCUGUCAUUCAUCGUCAAGAUCUUCAAGGAAUGAUUUUACCUUCAAUCUAUGAAAUCUUCCCGCAAUACUUCUUCAAUAGUAAAUUCGUCUACCAAGCCGAAAAAUUCGAUUAUGAUGUCUGGAGCAAAUUGGUUAUGUACGAAAAGCAAUACAAAGAUGUUCUCUAUGCUCCCUACUUCACCCAGCAACAGCAACAACAACAGUUUAAUCAACAACAGCAGCAACAACAAGUCAACCAAGUUAACAAGAACUUCUAUUUCUAUACCAAGGACUUUAAAGCAUGGCAAUGGUGGAAAUUGAUGGGUCUGGGUGAAAAUUGGUACUCCGAAGACCGUUUCAUGUUACGCGACAAUAUUCAGCAAUACAACCAAGAUCCUAAAUACGUUGAAGCCAUGCAAGACGUCCAAAUGUUCUGGAUGCCCGUUGACUAUACCCGUGACAUUGACAUUUUCAAUCAGGAGUCCGUUUUGAGCUACUUCACCGAAGAUUUGGAUUGGAAUGCUUACUGGUACUAUUACAACUUGGAUUAUGCCUUCUUCUUAGAUGGCAAAACAUUCGGUUUGAACAAAGAUCGUCGUGGUGAAAAUUACCUCUACACUGUCCGUCAAAUCUUAGCUCGUUAUUACCAAGAACGUUUGUCUCAUGGUUUGGGCGACAUACCGCAAGUCUCGGUCAACGCUGAAUAUGAAGCUGGUUACGAUCCUCAGUUGAUUUACCACAACGGUGUCGGCUACAGCUACCGCAAAAACUACUAUGAAAUCCAAAGCUACACCAAUGCUGAACUGUUAAACAAAAUAGCUAACUUCUUCACCCGCCUUGAUGAGGUAAUUUCCACCGGUUACUAUAAAACACAAGAUGGUACCUUCAUCGAUCUUCGUAAGCCACAAGCUAUUGAAUUCAUUGGCAAUGUUAUGCAAGGCAAUGUUGAUGUAUACGACCAAUACUUCUUCCGCCAAUGGAAUAUGUUCACUCACAUGUAUCUUGCCGAUGUUGAACCUCAAGAUAACGAAGUCUAUCCCAACGUUUUUGUUAACUUUGAAACCAUGAUGCGUGAUCCUCUCUUCUAUUCGGUGUACAAGAAGAUUGCUGACGUAUACUUCCACUUCCAAUACUACAUUAAGCCAUACACUCAACAAGAAUUGUUGUUCCCAGGCGUUACGAUUAAGAACAUCCAGGCUACUGACUUGGUUACUUACUUCGAUUUAGUUGACUUUGAUGUCACAAACUUGCUGAAUGACAAAAUGACCUUCGUCGAUGGCCAAUUUGUUUGGGACAAAACGUUGCUGGCUCGUCAGGCUCGUCUAAACCACAAACCCUUCGCCCUUGAAUUCACCAUUGAGUCAGAUAAACCUCAACCAGUUGUGAUUCGUACUUUCUUGGGUCCUAAGUAUGAUCAAUUUGGACGCACCAUCUCCAUUAUGGACAAUCAGCAAAACUUUAUUGAACUCGACCAAUUUAUUCACACGCUAACGGCGGGCGUUAAUACCGUUCAACGCAAUUCUCAGGACUUCUAUUUAACAAUUGACGAUCGCACUACUUACACCGAAUUAUACAAACAGGUAAUGCUUGCUUUGGAAGACAAACAGCAAUUCCCCAUGGAUAUCAGUCAGCCUCAUUGCGGCUUCCCUGACCGCCUUGUAUUACCUCGUGGUUGGGCCAAGGGUAUGCCCAUGCAAUUGUUCGUUUUCGUUUCGCCUUUCACUGCUUCCUAUCAACCCUACUCUACCUACGACACUACCUACAGUUGCGGCAUUGGCUCUGGUGUACGCUACGUCGACCAAAAACCUUUCGGUUAUCCGUUCGACCGCAUUGUCGAUGAAUUAGAAUUCUUCGUGCCAAACAUGUACUUGAAGGAUGUGCAAAUCUAUCAUAUCGAUGUUUUCAACAAAUACAAUAAUCAACCUAACCCACAGUUUGGCCAAUUCGACUACAACUACUACAACUAAAUCCUAUUGAUUUGAAAGAGAACACAAAUUAGA